AUGGAUCUAUCUAUCUAUCUAUCUAUCUAUCUAUCUAUCUAUAUAUCUAUGUUUUCUUACUCUCUCUCUUUCUUUUGUCUUAUUCAUUACUACUUUUUUACUUUAAUUCUUUCUUUCUUUUACUUACUUUUACACCAUUUCUUACUUUUUCUUUCUUUCUUCUUUCUUUCUUAUUCAUUUUUUACUUUUCUUUCUUUUUUAAUUUUUACUCUUUCUUUCUUUCUUUCUUUCUUUCUGUCUUUCUUCAUCUCGUCUUUCUUUCUUCAUCUCGUCUUUCUUUCUUCAUCUCGUCUUUCUUUCUUUCUUUCUGUCUUUCUUCAUCUCGUCUUUCUUUCUUCGUGUCGUCUUUCUUUCAAUCUUUCUUUCUUCCUGUCGUCUUUCUUCCUUUCUUUCUUUCUUCAUCUCGUUUUCGUUUGUUCAUCUCGUCUUUCUUUCUAUCUUUCUUUCUUCAUCUCGUCUUUCUUUCUUUCUUUCUUUCUUUCUUCAUCUCGUCUUUCUUUCUUCAUCUUGUGUUUCUUUGUUCAUCUCGUUUUUCUUUCUAUCUUUCUUUAUUUCUUUCUUUCUUCAACUCGUCUUUUUUUCUUCAUCUCGUCUUUCUUUCUAUCUUUCUAUCUUUCUUCAUUUCGUCUUUAUCUCUUUCUUUCUUUCUUCAUCUCGUCUUUUUUUCUGCAUCUCGUCUUUCUUCCUUUCUUUCUUUCUUUCUUCAUCUCGUCUUUCUUUCUUCGUGUCGUCUUUCUUUCUAUCUUUCAUCAUCUCGUCUUUCUUUGUUCAUCUCGUCUUUCUUUCUUUCUUUCUUUGUUCAUCUCGUCUUUCUUUCUUUCUUUCUUCAUCUCGUCUUUCUUUCUUCAUCUCGUCUUUCUUUCUAUCUUUCUUUCUUCAUCUCGUCUUUCUUUCUUUCUUUCUUUCUUUCUUUCUUUCUUUUAUCAUCUCGUCUUUCUUUCUUCAUCUCGUCUUUCUUUCUAUCUUUCUUUCUUCAUUUCGUCUUUCUUUCUAUCUUUCUUUCUUCAUCUCGUCUUUCUUUCUUUCUUUCUUUGUUCAUCUUGUCUUUCUUUCUUCAUCUUGUGUUUCUUUGUUCAUCUCGUUUUUCGUUCUUUCUUUGUUCAUCUUGUCUUUCUUUCUUCGUGUCGUCUUUCUAUUUUUCUUUGUUCAUCUCGUCUUUCUUUCUUUCUUUCUUUCUUUCUUUCUUUCUUUCUUUCUUUCUUUCUUUCUUUGUUCAUCUCGUCUUUCUUUCUUUCUUACUUUCUUUCUUUCUUUUGCUUCCUGUCUUCCUUUUACAUUCAAUUGACAUGUCCAUAA